CCACUUUAACAGUUAUGUUAUGUUUUCUUGUUGAUAUUUUAAAAUCUAAUGAAGUUGAAGAUCCACUUGAAAAGAAAUUUCGUGACAGGUCGGAAUCUGAAUGGAAAAAUUUAUGGCAUGAUGAACGCCACGCAAAAUGCCGCCAUGAAUUAGUGCGUCAUAUGUAUUGGGCUUGUGAAAAAGAUAUUUAUCGUUUAGUUCGACGCAAUAUUGCUGACAUGUCAUCAUCAUCGUCACUUUCUUCUGAUGAAGAAGUCCAGGAAGGAUAUGAUGAAACAGAUUUAAGUUUUCCAUGGUUACGUGCUGUACGUGCUCGCCGUUUUAUAAGAUGGCGGCGAAAUGAAAAUGGUGGACGUCGCAAACGAUCAAUAACAGCUGAAUGUUGCGAUGACCAUGGUUGUACUUGGGAAGAAUACGCAGAAUAUUGUCCAUUUAAAAGACAAAUGCAAAAGUAA